AGCAGGCUCUGCAAGGCACCUUGUGGAUAGCAGAAUGAAGGUCGUGGCCCUUCUCGCCUUGACGGCCGCCACGGCCGCCACCGGCUUCGUCCCUGCCCCACUCUCAAGGUGAGCUAAUGCAGCCAGCGCCCUGAUAAGCCAUUCUGUCGCUCAUUCGUCCCUGUGUGUGUCAUCUGAUUGUUCUGCAGGUCUCCUUUGCGGAGCCUGAAGGGCGGCAUCGCUCCGGCGUCAGAGACCGCGACCAAUGCCGUGCCUCGCGUGAUGAUAGACCAGGAGCACCCCAGCGACCACCUGCAGGGCAACAUCCUGGUCAACUCUGACAUCACGCAGGCCCUCAUGUCCACCAUCCCGUGCUACCGCAAGGGCCUCCCGCCCGGAUGGGCAGGUCUCGAGAUCGGGAUGGCACAUGGGUACUUCCUCUAUGGGCCCUUCGCGUACGGCGGCCCCUUCAGGAACGCCGACAACUUCAGGGAGAUCGGCAUCGCCAGUGCGAGCGCACUCAUCUUCUUCAUCGGCUUCCUCCUGCUGGCCUACGGCGGCGCGCAGAACAACGCCUACCUGAUGAACCCGGGCGACGCGUGGGUCACCAAGGGAGCGGUAAGCGACGCGGAAACAGCUGUUCCUGUGGUUGCUUUGGCUUCGUUGAUUCCUUCCUUGCCGUGGGUGUGGUUUAUGUGCAGGACGGCAAGAUCACGUGGAACCAGGAGGCGUCAGGGUGCAGUGGCGUGGGCAAGCUGCUGAUCAAGCAGUCCGACAAGACCGGCGGCCUCUUCUUCACCGACCCUGCUGACCCCAAGCAGCUGGAGAAGGUACGCACACACAGCAAGGUCUCUGCAAAUCUGUCGAUCAUGUGUGUGUGCGUGUAUGUGUGUGUGUGACUGUGAUGCGUGCUAUCAGGACUGGCGCAAGUUCUGCUCCUGGUUCACGAUUGGUGCCCUCGGCGCGGCCUCGUUCGCCUACUUCGUGUCGAGCCAGGGUGCAGGCUAUGACUUGAGCGCUGGUUCCGGCUUCCCGUUUGCGAGCUGAAUGGAUGCAAGGACGAACAAGCAAACAGCCAGCCAGGCAGCCCGUGUGAUGUGCAGUAGACUUCCGGUGAGUCAGCGUGCUCACUGUUUUUCGUCUUUUGAGAGGACCAGGGAG